CAAAUUGCAAAUCCAAACUCGUUCUCUCUCACAACAGUUGAAUUCUGAUUCCCUUUUAGUUCAUGUUCGUGAUGUGAGAUGUGUGAUUUUAGAAACAACAGAACAGGAGGAGGAACAAUGGGUGGUCAUCUGAAAGAUCAGCUCUCUAGAAACAGCCAUGUGUUUGGACUUAAGGUCUGGGAAGUAAUCGGAAUAGCGGUUGCUCUGUUCAUCAUAGCCAUCCUCUCCGUCCUCUCAUUCUGUCUCACUUCGAAAAAGAAAUCAGGAAGAUCUAAAACCAGUCUUCCAGUAAGCCAAAUCCCUCCUGUCUCAAAGGAGAUCAAAGAAGUCAGAGUUGAACACGUCUCAGCAAGUAACUUUGCUCCUCGCGAUGGCAUCCUUCUAACGAUUCAGGACAAAAACAGUAAAGAAUCCGACAAAGUUUUGCUUCAUUUGGAUGUUGGGGGGAAGAGAAAGAACGGAGAUUAUAGCCGGUCAGGAUCAUUUCACCGUGUAGACAGCGAUAAGCAUUCUCAGUCAGGGGAAGAAGGUUUCUCGGGUGGAGUGAACAAACCUUCUUCAUCAUCAUAUAACAUGGCCGGUCCAUCGCCAUUGACAGGUCUGCCCGAGUUUUCUCACCUUGGUUGGGGCCACUGGUUUACUCUGAGAGAUCUUGAAUUAGCAACAGACAAGUUUGCAAAGGAAAACGUUCUCGGUGAGGGCGGAUACGGCAUUGUCUACCGUGGAAAUUUGAUCAAUGGGACACCAGUUGCAGUGAAGAAAAUUCUGAACAACUUGGGCCAAGCCGAGAAAGAGUUCAGAGUUGAGGUUGAUGCUAUCGGUCAUGUUCGACACAAGAACUUGGUUCGACUUCUUGGAUACUGCAUUGAGGGCACACACAGGAUGUUAGUUUACGAGUAUGUGAACAAUGGAAACCUAGAACAGUGGCUUCACGGAGGGAUGAGACAGAACGGAUAUCUCACUUGGGAGGCUAGGAUGAAAGUUCUCAUUGGCACGGCAAAAGGUCUAGCUUAUCUCCACGAGGCCAUCGAGCCGAAGGUAGUUCAUCGAGACAUAAAAUCUAGCAAUAUACUGAUUGAUGACGAGUUCAAUGCCAAGGUUUCAGAUUUCGGCCUCGCCAAGUUGCUUGGUGCCGGGAAAAGCCAUGUGACUACAAGAGUAAUGGGAACAUUCGGGUAUGUUGCUCCAGAAUAUGCAAAUACCGGACUGUUGAAUGAGAAGAGUGAUGUUUACAGCUUCGGGGUUUUGCUCUUAGAAGCGAUAACUGGAAGAGAUCCUGUGGAUUAUGGCCGCCCUCCUCAUGAGGUGAAUCUAGUGGACUGGUUGAAGAUGAUGGUGGGAAACAGGAGAUCGGAAGCUCCUUACCAGUUUUUCUCUCCCAAAUUGCAAAUCCAAACUCGUUCUCUCUCACAACAGUUGAAUUCUGAUUCCCUCUUGACUGCUCUGAGAUGCGUCGAUCCAGUUUCUGACAAGAGGCCGAGGAUGAGCCAAGUUGUCCGUAUGCUCGAGUCCGAGGAAUAUCCCAUUCCAAGGGAGGACCGAAGACGCUCAAAAACUCAUGGGGACAGUAUGGAGAUUGAGUUGCAGAAGGAAAACUCGGAUACGGAUGCAAGUAACCCUGCUUCAAGAUCACAAAGCAAGAGACGAUAAGCAUGGAAAAAUCUUCAACUCGCCCUCUGAUUAAGCGGAAUGAACCUGCGAAAUUCUAAAAUUCUUUGAGGUUCUUUGUUUCUUUCUUCUGCAUUUGAUAUUAUUGUUUUUCGGGUUUUUGCAUUUGGACCGGGUAGAUGAUAUAGAUAUAAGCGUAUAUGUAUAAACACGUUUGUAUAUGGAAACCGGGUUUGUCUUAGAGCUCAUAGACUAGUAGAUUCGGUGUGUACAAGUACUGCAUCAGCUCCUCUGAACUUGGUUGAGCAUUAAUAAAAACAUUAUAAGAACAAGCUUCUUUCUGCCUA